AGAAAGAAAUAAUUGUAAAGAAAGAAAAAGGAAGAAGAGGCAGAAGAUUUUCUUUAGUAAAGAAAUUUGUGAUCGUGCUGAAGGAUGAUUUUUAUUGGCGCCACGACAUAUUUCCUACUCGCCAUUGUUCUGGUGGCCUUGAUCUUGAUCGUGAUGGACCAUAUCAGAUUGAAGAAGAAACCGAAGAAAUUAUAUGACGGCGAUGAGCCAUCCGAUUUACCAGAUCCACCUGGACCGAAACCAUGGCCAAUUUUGGGCUCUCUUCAUAUUUUGGGACGUUAUGAUGUGCCUUACAAGGCUUUUGGCGACCUCGUCAAGGCCUACAACAGUCAGAUAAUCAAGCUCAAGAUGGGAUCUGUAUCUUGCGUCGUCAUCAAUGGAUUGGAGAACAUCAAGGAGGUCUUGAUUGUCAAGGGCCACCACUUCGACUCUAGGCCAAACUUCGUUAGAUAUCAUCUCCUCUUCUGUGGCAACAAGGAGAAUUCUCUGGCAUUCUGCAACUGGUCAGACCUCCAGAAAAUGCGAAGAGAGAUGCUACGAGGGCAUACUUUCCCGCGCGCCUUUACUACACGCUACAACCAGUUAAACGGCAUAAUCGGCGACGAGAUGGAAUGGCUGAUUAACCACCUGACCGGCAUCUCUGGUAUCAGCGUGCACGCUAAGCCGCUGAUAUUGCACAUGUGCGCGAACAUCUUCUUCAAGUACUUCUGCUCGCGAGGCUUCGAGUACAGUCACGAUUCUUUUAGCCAGAUAAUCAAGAAUUUCGACAAGGUCUUCUAUGAAGUAAAUCAGGGAUACGCCGCAGAUUUUAUGCCGUUUCUAAUGCCACUCCAUCAGCGUAACAUGACGAGGAUGGCAACUUGGACCCACAAAAUCAGAGAAUUUAUGGAGAAAAACGUAAUUGAAGAUCGUGCGACUAGCUGGAAGUCGGUCAUACCUGAGAUAGACUACAUAGAUUGUUUGAUAAAUCACAUCAAGACCGAUGCUGAACCCAAGAUGACGUGGAACAUGACAAUGUUCGCGCUGGAAGAUAUCGUCGGAGGUCACUCGGCAGUUGGCAAUUUCCUAAUAAAAAUUCUGGGAUUCCUGGCUACACGACCACACAUACAGAAAACAGCGCAGAUGGAAAUCGAUGAGAUCGAGACUACGAGCAAGUUCAUUGGGCUAGAGAACCGAGAAAAUAUGCCGUAUACGGAAGCUAUCAUUCUUGAAGGAAUCAGAUUGAUCGCCAGUCCGAUUGUUCCACACGUUGCCAACCAGGAUAGCUCCAUAGCCGGUUACAAAAUAGAGAAGGACACGUUUAUCUUUCUGAACAAUUAUGAAUUAAAUAUGUCGGAGGAGUUAUGGACUUCUCCUGAAGACUUCAUGCCUCAGAGAUUCAUACAGAACGGCAAAUUGCUGAAACCAGAACACUUUCUGCCUUUCGGGGGCGGUCGAAGAUCUUGCAUGGGUUACAAGAUGGUUCAAUAUAUCAGCUUCUCGACGAUAGCCACCCUGCUGAAGAACUUCAACAUAUUGCCGGUAGAGAAGGAGAUCUACAAGGUUCCUAUCGGCAACUUGGCACUUCCUAUGAACACCUUCAAGGUCCGUUUCGAAAAACGGUAG